AUGCCCAAAUUGAUAGAUCCCAAAAUCUGGCCGACCAAUAAAGAACAGGCCGACCAGCUGCUGAAGAAAGUCCUCCCCGAGAUUGGCACCAAGAUAAGUCUACUCUCCAACACGGAUACCCGCUACGAAGGCAUUCUGCUCACCAUCGACGUGACAGCAUGCACCGUCGCUGUGGGGGCCGUGCGGUUUUUCGGGACCGAGCACCGGGUGACGAUGUUCCCCGUUGCUCCACUCGGCGAUAUCCUCAAUUAUCUAGUGUUCCAAGCCUCGAUCAUUAAGGAUAUCUCGGUGAUAAUAACGUUCACCCCAGUGCCGACAGCAGAAACCCUCAACUCACCAAGUCCCAACCCCAAUGCACUGCUCCACCCGGUGCAACACUACCAAACUGUAUGGAGCCCGACGCUCUCGGAGCUGCAGGAGAUGCUGCCUCCGGGCAUGUGUCCCAUUCCGCCGCCACCACCAGCGGGGCCCUGUAUGCCCGGCUGUCCGCAGGCUGUGCAGACCCAGACGCCAUUGUAUCAAGGCAAUCAAAUGUUCCCGCCGGAAUCAUUGCAUCGCAAGCUGAUCCUGGAGUUCGGAGUCGUGAUGCCACCAGCGGCGCAGAUACCCGUCUGGUUUAUUCAACAACAAAUUGCGCAGGCUAUUGAACAGCCAGGACCAAAAGAAUCUAAUCUUCAACCGAUAAUACACCAACAAUAUCUUCAGCAGAUGGACGCGCAACAUGUCGAGAUCAUGCAACAACGACAACAUGAUUUACGCAAACAUGAGGAAUGGGUAGAGGUGCAAAAACGACGCCAGGAGAUACUAUUUUGUAAAUUAAAAGUGGACAAAGAUGUCGUAGAUCGGCAAUUACAGGAAAAGGAAAAACGUCAACAGGAACAACUGAGACUGGAACAACAGAAACUACACUACCAGAUGCAAUUUGAAAGAAAACGGCAAGAAUUGCAAUUGGUGCAACACCAGCAAUGGGAGCGUGCGCGCCGGGACCAGCACCGCAUGUUUCAAAAUCAUCUUCAACGACAAAUCAAAGUUCAUCAGCAGUUGCGAAAUCCGGCGCGACCCCAAGUUAGACCACCCGCCCAUCCUCACUUUCAGUAUACACCGCGAUAUCAACUGCGGUAUCCAACACCGAAUCAGCUUUGUAAUCCACAAGAACGUCCUGAAUAUCAGCAGCAAUAUAUACACAGGCAGCAGCAGCAGCAACAGCUUCAAUAUCCACACCAACGUAUGCAACUAGCACAGCAACCGUUGCCGCAGCAAUUGCUGCAACUUCAACAACACCAACGACUACAAGUUCAAAAACAAUCGCAGCCGCCGUCGCACCAGCCACCUUCGAUUUAUUAUCAUCAUCAGCAACAACCACUGCAGUUCACUCCCGAGCAGCAGUUGCAGUUCCAACUGCAGCAGGUACGGCAGCUACAAGUCUACAAUCACCUACAGCGACAAAUCCAACAGCAACAGCUUGAAAACCAGCAGCGAGAGAAACACGAACGCGAACUGAAACGCCGCGAACUGCUCGGACGAUUAGUGUAUAAUCAACAGUUCGAACAAUUCAUGAUGAAUUACUAUCCGGGCGAUCAACCGCCGCCGGCUGCUCAACCGCAUCCACACCAGCCGCGAUUCAAUCCCUCCAUGGUACCCCCACCAACUGGAUACCAUGGUGCAGCAGCGCAAGAAUAUCCCGACGGAGAAAUCAAAUUAUAUUCGACUCUCGAGGAGUUCGAAGCGGCUAUUGAAAGUGAAGAGCAUCCGCCACUCACGGAAAUCUUCCAGGAACUACUUGAAAAGUUCCCCUUAAGCGAGGAGGAUGCGAAGAUGUUGACUGACCGGCCGUAUCCGGGAUCCUCUGAGCAGGCGUGGCAACCCCCUCCAGCGUUUUACGCAUCAGAACCGAGAGGAUAUGAAUCCAGUGCGAAAAAUCAAACGCGUGAGGCACCGAUACCACCACACUAUCUGCGUCCCGAAUGUGUACGUCCUGCGAAUUAUACCAGCAUCCUCAAGCGUCCGGCGAAUACAUCACGCGUUAAACCUACAGCGCAACAGUUCGUCAAUCGGACGAUUCAAAGGCCGCGACCUCCCUCCACCGACGUUGACUUGGAGAAAACUAUGCAAGAGUUUGAUAGAUUCUUGGAGGACGAAGCGCCACCACCGCCACCUCCACCCCCAGCUGGGGGCGCUGAUAAAGAAAAUUUUACAGCUGAAUCUUUAAAUACUAUAAGAAAAAAUCAACAAGUGGAACCGGCAAAGUCACGAGGAAUAUUAAAAGAUGCGAAUUGA